AUGAAUUUUAACACUUAAAGAUAGAUUUCAAUAGAAGAUUUAAUAAAGCUGGGCUAAAAAUAUUUAGAGAUGAGUGAUCAGGAUUUAAAACAAAAAAUGACCUAAGCUAAAACAGGAAAUCCAAAUGAUAAUAACCUAAAAGCCAGGAUAUAAAAAAUAAUUAAUGAAAGUAAAAUUGAAGGCAACAAAUCUAAGAUAGAAUUCUACUUAUAAUAAGUAAAGCUAUCACUUAAUUAGAAAUAGAGAGAUGAAAUUAAAAUAAAACCCUAAGCUUAAGAUCUCCAAUAUAAUUACGACAUUAAUGCUUAAAACCAUAAAUUAUAACAAUAAAAUCAGGCAUUGGCUAGGACGAAAGAUUCCUAAUUAAGGGAAUAGAAAAAUUUGAGACAAGAAGGUGAUUCACAAUCUAAUUUAAAAAUGGAAAUGCAUAGUGUAAUUUAUGAAGAAAUUCGCAGACCAACUUCAACUAUCGAAAUGCAAAUAAAUCACAGCUAAGAAAAUAAAAUUUCAAUUUAAAGCCAAUAAUAGAGUUCAAAGCUUAUAUAACACGAACUAGCUAAACGUAGGGCAAUAAAUAUAGAAAAUAAUACAGUGCAUAAUUAAGACAAAAUUUAACCUCCUGAUGAUAAUUAAUCAGAUGUUAAACAUAAAUAUGAACCUCCAAAUUUUCAAUAAAUAUCUAUGGGAACUGAUUAAAGAAAUAGAUAUAAUUACAGCCCUAGAGAAAAGUAUAGAACUGAUCGCCAAAUAGGUAACCUUCCAAAAAACUAACAAAAAGAUAGAUCUCCAAAAGUAAAAUAAGGCAAUUCAGACAAUAAAACGAAUAUAAAUGAUCUAACUCCAUCAGAAGGGAAAAGGGAUUCAAAUUAAUAAAAUUUGAAAAUCACUGAAGAUGCUAUAUAAUAUUUUUACACACUUAUAAAUUAUAUAAAAGCAUUCAUAGAAAAAGGACAAACGAAUUCUGGAUCUUAAAAAGAAAUUUUCUUUGAUUUUUCAAAACUAGAUAUUAGUUAUGAAGUAAAAUCUAUUUAGUGGAGUUAAGAAGAGUCAACUAGUAAGGAUAUAGAAAAUAUAUAAAAUAAUCAAUAAAUUCAAUCAAAUUAACAAGAUUAAAAAGUGUUCACUAACAAGGAUAAAGAUGUAAAUAUAUUAAAUGAUAAAUAAAUAAAAAAGGAUAUACAAUAAAAUUAGCAAGAUAAUAAAGUGGAAACUAAAAAGGAAUUAAAUUUAAAUUUAAAUUAUGAAUAAACUGAUGAGGUAAUACAAUCAAAAUAGAAAGAAAAAUAAGUGUAAACUAAUACGGAUACAGAUUUUAGUAUAUUAAUUAGUGAAAAUAAAGGUAAGAUACAAUUAAUAUAACAGGAUGAUCUAAAUGUAAAUAUAUAAUAUAAUGAACUCACUGAUGAGGUAAGACAAUCAAAAUUACAAGAAAAUGACGUGUCAACUAUAAUGGGUCAAGAUUUAAAUUUAAUAAAUGAAUAAUUAGGUAAGGGAAUAAAAUCAAAUUAGCAAGAAAUAGAUGCGUAAAGUAAUAUUGAUCAAUUAAGUAUAUUAUUUAGUUAAAUUACUGAUGAUGGUACAAAUACUAGUGAGUAAAAUUAAAAAGUGAAAACUAAAAUGGAGCAAGAAUUAACUGUAUUUACUAUUGAAAAUAUAUAUGACGGUACACAAAUUGAUAAGUAAAUUUAAGAGGCUUAAAAAAACAGGGAUCAAGAAUUAUUUAAAUUUAUUAGUGAAAAAAAUGAUAUGAUAAUUUUAUCAAGGUAGUAGGAUAAAGAAGUGUUAAGAAUAAUGUUUCAAGAUUUAAAAUUAUUAUUUUAUGAAUUAUUUAGAAAGGAAAAAGAAUCAAAUUAGUAAGACAAGGAAGUGUAAACUAAUAAUGAUCAGGAUUAAAAUUUAAUAAUUUGUGGAUAGAAAGAUAAGGAAAUACAUUAAAAUUAAUAAGAUAAAGAAGUGUAAACUAAUAAAGAUCAAGAUUUAAAUUUAUUAAUUAAUGAAUAAAAAGAUAAGGAAAUACAUUAAAAUUAAUAAGAUAAAGAAGUGUAAACUAAUAAAGAUCAAGAUUUAAAUUUAUUAAUUAAUGAAUAAAAAGAUAAGGAAAUACAUUAAAAUUAAUAAGAUAAAGAAGUGUAAACUAAUAAAGAUCAAGAUUUAAAUUUAUUAAUUAAUGAAUAAAAAGAUAAGGAAAUACAUUAAAAUUAAUAAGAUAAAGAAGUGUAAACUAAUAAAGAUCAAGAUUUAAAUUUAUUAAUUAAUGAAUAAAAAGAUAAGGAAAUACAUUAAAAUUAAUAAGAUAAAGAAGUGUAAACUAAUAAAGAUCAAGAUUUAAAUUUAUUAAUUAAUGAAUAAAAAGAUAAGGAAAUACAUUAAAAUUAAUAAGAUAAAGAAGUGUAAACUAAUAAAGAUCAAGAUUUAAAUUUAUUAAUUAAUGAAUAAAAAGAUAAGGAAAUACAUUAAAAUUAAUAAGAUAAAGAAGUGUAAACUAAUAUAGAUCAAGACUUCAGUAUUUUUAAAUACGAAUAAAUUGAUAAGGACAUACAAUCAAUUAUAUCAAAUAACGAAUUACAUACCAUUUUGUAAACAAGUUGA